AUGCAUCAGGAUACGGCUUUCUACUUCGACACCACCAACCCCUACCGGCCAACCUUCAAGAAAAGCAACCGCGCCCUCCUCUCAUCCAUUGCAGAUGAGAUCCGCGCGAAGCCAGACGGCGGAUUCUAUAUUACAUACAUGGGCUCCGCAGUGGGCACUUCGCCAGGCCGUCUGGUUGAGACCGACGCGAACUUCGACAUCAUCCACGAAUGGCCGGAAGAUGUAGAGGGAACGCUCAACAUUCUGGGCGAGCAGUUCUCUCCCCAUGGUCUUAGCAUUGACUGGGAGAGAAACUUCAUUCUCACUUCUGACUUCGUUGAACCCAUCAGUAUCUUGAAGCCUAGCACGGGAAUCCGGCGUGCAAACACGCUUAGGUUGUGGGACUUGAAGACUAAGAAAAUUCUCAACACCAUCACCAUUCCCGACGGCGGCGGCAUUCAGGACGUCAAAUUCAUCCCCGGAAACCCCGACGGCGCUGCUCUCGCCACAGCUGUCCACCUAGGCCAAGUCUGGAUCAUCUAUCCCGGACAGAAAGAUGCCAAUGGCAAGCCCGGCAGAGCAGAGCUUCUCUAUGACUUAGGCCCCAAGGCUCGUGACACUACCGCAAUCUAG